AUGCCGACCUCGAUGCCCGCCCCUUCGAUACGCAUCCCGAUGGAGCUUCUGACUCCGACUGCUUUCGCGCAGUUCGGUGCUGUCAUCGAGAACCCGACCACAUCACCGUCCGCGAAGCUGCCCAUCCCGCAACGCGUACCACCGCCGGACGCCGUCGCCGCCAAUCAGGGCUCAGCAACCAAGUACCUCGAUGUCACACACAUGUCGAACCUGUACAGCCUUGCGCCGAGCAAGAAACCUGCCAAGGCAGUAAUGAACAUGUUUGUUUGCUCGCCGCGCAACCUCCGGCCGCACGAGCCGAGCAUGAGCAUGCCCAGCUCGUGGGGAGACCUGGACCUAGAUGAGGACGAGGAAGGAUGCGGGGACUUCCAGAGGCAGCUAUUGGACGUUGGCAUUCUCGAAAGACAUCCGUUCACCACGCAGACAUUCAUACCCAUGGGGCUGUCGCAGCAGGAAAGGCACACACAGUAUCUUGUCAUAGUGGCUCCAACACUGCCGGCAAGCGCGUCGAGAAGGCACACAGGCAGAGCGCCGCCAUAUCCUACACCCCACAUCGAACGGAAAAGGAGUGUCAUGGACAUCUUCGCGCGCGCGAGGCCGAGCCCGUACUCGAACGAGACUGUGCCUACCCAGAGCCAGUUCUCACGGCUGCACCCCUCAGCGCGACCCAAGGGACCUGGCCUGCCAGACCUCAAGAAUCUCCGCGCCUUCGUUGCAAACGGCAGUCAAGCAGUGACAUAUGGGGCUGGGACAUGGCAUGCGCCGAUGAUCGUGAUUGGGGACCGACCGAUCGACUUUGUAGUCGUACAAUUUGCGAAUGAAGUAGGCAACGAAGACUGUCAGGAAAUCGUGCUGAAGCCAGACCAAACCGCUUCCGAAGGGGUUGUGGUAAUGGUGGAUACCGAUUCGACUGGAGCUGUGCAAGUCAAGGCUGGGGUUGGCUCUGUAAAGGCUAAACUAUGA